AUGGGUUCUAUGAUAUCCAUGGCCAAUCGGAUCUACCAGGCCUUCAACCCACCAGUUCAAUCCGCUCGAGCAGGAGAUGCCCUCAAGUUUGGCGUUCUGGGAGCUGCCAGUAUCGCGCCUCUUGCUCUAAUCACACCAGCAAAGUCCCACCCCGAGGUUAUCAUCCAAGCGGUUUCGUCCCGCGAUCGUAAAAAAGCGGAGGAGUUUGCCAAGGCACACGGCAUUCCCGAGGUCAAAGAUACAUACGAGGAUAUCCUCAAUGACCCCAACAUCGACUGUGUCUUCAUUGCCCUUCCAAAUGCUCUCCAUUAUGAAUGGGCCACCCGUGCCAUCCGUGCCGGCAAACAUGUCCUGCUGGAGAAGCCUUCGGUCUCAAACGCGACGGAAGCGGAACUUCUUUUCAACUUGCCUGAGUUGUCUCAGCCCAAUGGCCCCGUCAUCCUGGAGGCGUUUCACAGCCGGUUCUUUCCGGCCUGGUCUUACUUCCGCUCUUUGGUCGACCCGGCGAACGUGGCCCAUGUGAAUGCCGUCUCGAUGAUCCCUUGGUGGGGAACCAGCAAGGACGACAUCCACUUCAACUACAAUCUGUCAGGUGGUAGUAUGAUGGCAAUGGGGACUUAUAAUCUUGCUGUAAUGCGGCUUCUCUUCGAUGCCGAGCCCGAGGAGUGUCUCGACUGCCAAGUACACUCCUACACCGAUGGAGUCCAUGACAAAUGCGACUGGGACUUCAAUGCUAAGUUCCGCUUCCCGAACGGUGGUAUCGGUGAGGCAUCGAGUACUUUGAAGGGACCAACAUACUGGACCCCGUCGCAUGUCACGGUGACCCAAAAUGAGGUCAUAUUGUCAGACAAGAGCCUCCCUGACUCGCAGCUCAAAGCCCAGAAGCGUGAGCUAACCCUCCAUGGCUUUGUGCAUGGUAUUUUCUGGCAUCGGAUUGACAUUAAGGAUGUCUUUGAGAUUCGUGACCGAGACACGGGCAAAGUUGUGCGGCGUUGGGAAGAGAAAACCAACCACAAAGCAUACACUUUCAAGGAGGCAGGUGGUCAAUUUGCGGACCUGCCCGGUGAAUCGUUCUGGAUGUCUUACAGACAUCAGCUGGAACAAUUCGUCAAUCGCAUCAAGGGCCGGAAAACCCAAGAAUGGGUCGAUGGAAAGGACUCUAUUGCCCAGAUGAAAAUGCUGGACAUGGCCUAUGAAAAGAGUGGGCUCGGUCCCCGGCCUACUAGCUCGUUCAGAUAG